UUUUUUUUUUUUUUUCCUUUUCUUUUGCCUGCAGCUAGUUGGCUAGCGUCAGCUUCCCCUUUCUUAUUUAGAAAAUGAAAAAAUACGCAGACCCUUGUUCGCUUGUUCCCUUGUCCCUUGGCCCUUGCCCGCUUUGGGUGCCCUGCCUGUUUGUGUCUGUCUGUCUGUGAAUAUAUUAUUAUUAGUUAUAUGUAUGGAGUCGUUGCUAUUAAGUUCCUUUUUUUUUUAAAAAAAAAAAAAAUAAUAAAAUUCUUUCUUUUUUUCACUGACACAUAGUUGUUGUUGAGUGGUUAUAUAUGGUCUGUCUGUGUGCUUGUUCUGAGCAGACUUAAAUCCAUGCCACGCCCCUUCUCUUUGUCUUGACUAUUUUAUUUAUUCUUCUUCUUCUUUAACGAUCACUCCAUAUAACUCUGCUUCUACUCUGUACUCUCCUUAUAUCGCUAUCUAUCCUUCUUUCUACUCCCUUCUUCCCGUCGGUUUCCAGCUUCCCUCGACCGCUCGCUCUCCUCUUCCUGGUCUCCUCUCCCGGUUCUUGCCGCCUUCUGCCCUCCCAACACGGUCCCACUCCGCCCCGCCGCAACCAGAUCCCUUCGUUGCACCUUAAAACCAAACAAAACCUUCGACCAGCAUCCGUGCAUCACAUCAUCCAUCUCUCCUCAAUCAUCAUCGUCAUCUUCCCGGCCCGUGACUCACGCCAUCAGCCCUUUAAAUCACGUUCUUCCGUCGUCUGUCCUUCGAAUCUAAUACCUACCACCUGAACCUGCUAUUCGAAACGUCUUAUCACAUCUCCCUCUCUCUCUCUCUCCAUAUAUAUUUAUAUAUAUAUAUAUAUUUAUAUAUAUAUAUAUAUAUAUAUAUAUAUAUAUACCAGCAUACAACAAACUCUAGCCAUAGUGAACGAACAAAAGUAGCCUGCCUCUGGCUCGCAAUUCGACGCUUCACUGCAACAUCUCACAAUGGCAACUGCCUGGUCACUAGACUUCUGUCUGGUCUGCGAUAGACAGACGCUGGGAGGGGCAUACUGCUCCCAGGCUUGUCGAUUAGCAGAGAUGGACGGCUGUGCCACCACAGCGGCGGAUUCAGAACCUUCGUCCCCCACCACCACUACACCAGUAGCGAGUCCCUGGACCGCUCAAGGAUAUCAACAUCAACAUCAACAUCAACAGCCAUCAGCUCUAUAUCUCGGUCCCGCCAUUGACUUCAGCGGUUACAAGUUCCCCGGUUCUUCUUCUUCUUCUUCUUCUUCUUCGACUCCAUCCAUGCCAUCUGCUUCCCGACAACGUCUCUCGCCCUCCUCCUCACAAACCUCCCUCUCCUCCCUCCACAGCGUCUCCUCGAAUUCCUCCUCCCUGUCCGGUCAAGCGAGAAGUGAAUUGGAAAACUACUCUGGUAGUUUCGACAAAGUCCGAGACUGGAAGCGACGACGAACAGCCUCGUGAUGGUUCCUUACCAUACGGAGCAACAAUUACGACCCAACCCAACCCCACCCUCCCCUCCCCUCUCUCUGUUACAAGAACGGCAAUACUUUCGAACCAAUGUCGUUUAACUCGAUUAUACAUGACCACUUUUCCCUUUUCCUAAAAAAUAUACAUUAUAUAUAUAUAUAUGCCACCACCACAUCUACGAACUUUCUGGGUCUGCGGAGUCAAAAAAACCUUUGAGGGGUGUCGGUUGAGCAUGAAAACACUACCACGAAACCAAAACUUGGAUGGAAACUCUUUUCUCUGCGUCGGAAGCAUAUUUUGCAGCAUUUUGAACUGGCGUUUUUUUUUCGCUAUUAUUUACCCACCAAAACAAAGAGUGACAAAACUAUAUAUACCCCACAAAGCGAACGACCUAAAAAAAAAAGCGUCCAUGAAAAUAUAUUCGAGAGUGAUUGAGGGAAGGAAAGGGAAACAAGAAGAAACCACCGAAGACUUUGCCUUUCCAUCCGACAUCUCUGCACUUGAACAAAAAUAUAUUUAAAAGAAGAAGAAAGAAAGAAAGAAAGAAACAUCCCAAUGACUCUUUUCCACUCAUGCUACACACAGCUGAACAUACAUUAUGCACAUGUCUCCUUUCCUUUUGUUCCUUUUUUAUCAGCUUCCUCUUAACUUUCUUUUCUUGCCUUGUCUUUUUAUACAUCACUAUACUAUACUAUACUAUACUAUACUAUCCUAUCCUCUCUUCUUUGCAUCCUAUUUCCUUUUUCCCUUUUCCUAUUUUUUUAACUUGACGUUUGAAAAGAUCAAAAAUAUCAUUCGCAUUGUUUUUUUUUUUUUUUUUUUUUUUUUUUUUUUCCAUUUUCAUACAUCACAUCACAUCGCGCGGGUUGGGCACACAGACGCAUACACACAAAAGAAGGUUUUGACGGAAAUGAAUAGAAGAAGCCAAGAGAAAAAUGAGAAAUCACAUUAUUUCAUAUAUAUAUUAAGUGUUCAUCAACUGAUGAAACAGACAUAGUGAUACAAUGCUAUAAAUGAGAUGGAAUGAAAAUGAAUGAGUUUUACAUACACUAAUUAAUCAUGUUAAGCUCAUCUCACUGCAAUGAUACUAUCACUACGAUAUUAAUAUUAAGCGUCAAAAAAUUCAUCAUUAUUUAAUAUUAUAUAUCUCUCUAUAAUAUACAAAUUAUUUUACAUAUACUCACUCAGUUAAAAGCUGUAAAAUCUGUUAUAGAUUGAAAUAUGUGAUCAAUCUGAGUCAUGCCG